AUGGCGGCCAGCGAUGAUAUAAAUGCAAUCAGUUUGGCGAGCGACCGGCAUCGCCGCUCGUAUCUAGGGAUAUGCUCUGUAAGUGCUGUUCUCCGGGCAUUGUUUCGGCUUUGCCCUGCCGCAAAAGACCGGAUUGUGGAACAGUCCAAGGUUUGGCCCGAGGUCCAACAAGAAGUCAAUCGGCCGUCUGCUUUGAAUCCGCAUCUUGGUCUUCCAGUGCCAUCUGAUUCCCUGCGAGAACAACGCUAUAUUGGAUUUUACUUCGAGACUAUCCAUGCCAUCACGCCUUUUUUGCAUGAGGAAUCUUUCAGGGCAACCUUCGCUGCUGGCGAUCGACAAACUCCCACAUGGUUGGGUCUCUACAACAUGGUUCUCACGGUAGGGUCUAUUGCGUCAGGAAGUGACACUGCUCACAUAUACUAUUACGAUCGGGCUCGGUCCUACCUUGACCUAGAAUCGCUUGGAUCUGGUAACUUGGAGACUUUGCAGGCUCUGUGUCUGCUGGGCGGGUACUAUCUCCAUUAUCGAAACUCCCCCAAUAUGGCAUAUGCGAUCCUCGGCGCCGCCCAACGCUUAGCCAUAGCAUUGGGGUUGCACCGAGAGUCUCCAACUCGUCUCGAUCAUCAGGACCCGGAUAUCGGCCAACGCCUCGCCGUCCGGCUUGAAAGUAGACGGCGUACUUGGUGGAGUCUGUACUGCCUUGACACUUGGGCCAGUAUGACCCUGGGUCGCCCAACCUGUGGACGCUGGGAUAGUAGCACCAUGAAUACAUUAUUGCCCACUGCUCUUUAUCCUGACGACCAUUUUGCGGCUUCUUUGAGAGCUAGCACGCAGUUCUGUCACAUCAGCAACCGUCUCCAGCAUCGUUUCGCACAAUCAACCAGGAUCAACAUAUCCGAAGCCCAAAGUCUUGAUCACGAACUUCAGGAAUGGUAUAGGACACUAUCUCCUAUCCUCAAAGAGACCAUGAAUUCCCCGCCUCGUAUCACCGUAGCUCGCGAGUUUCUACGAAACAGGUACCACAACGUACGCCUAAUACUAUCUCGAUGCUUUCUUUUAUACAAGGCGUAUGGAGACCCCGAAAGGCAUAGCACUGGGCAAGCAGAAGAGCAGAUGGCCGACCUCUGCCGUGCCAUCGCCGCGGAGGCUAUCGACGCGAUUGCGCUUCACUGGGUUCCUAAUCGAACGCAAGUCUGGAAUUCUGCUUGGUAUCUGUUCCAAGCUUGCAUGGUUCCGCUCCUUUCCAUCGCCAUGGCUACAUCCUCCAACCUCGGAGCACUUGGUUCUGACAACCUCAUAUCCUGGCACUCGAGCUUAAACAAAGCGCUCGAGAUCUUCGCGGAGAUGAGACCAUGGAUGCGGGCUUGUGACCGCGCCCCAGAUAUUGUGACUGUCUUAUUCCAAGCCAUUUCCCAAGGUGCUGAGGGUACUGAACGUACGCCUUCGGUAAUUGACGGAGGGUCUCACUUGUUCGGCUGGGCAGAUGAACUUCUGACGGAUAUGGACUGGAGCAUGCUUUUCAAUGAUGAGAAUGUAUCGCCAGGUUUAUUUUCACUAACCUAA